AGUCGGAAACAGUGUGACAUUCAAAUACAGACAUUAUGAGGAUAAAAACAUGUCCAAAAAAGACAUAAAGAGAUAAAUCACUGUAGAUAUUACAAUAAAAUGAGCAGCAUUAAUAAGUCUGGUAGUGUGGUGUUUUUUUGAAAUGAAGUAAUAAUAAUUAUAAUAAUAAUAAUAAUAAUAGGAUAAUGACGACAAACAAGAGGAAGUUAUUGUCAAAGACUAAUGUAUGUGAAACGGUAAAGAAGCGACUCCAGCUGCAAACAGAUGUUGGAGACAGAGACCACCAGGGCAGGGAUCAGGAUCCGACCUGCAGUCAGUAUUUUCCCAGUAAAGCUGAUACUGGAAUUAGAUUGAGAUUUGACUUCUUUAACCAGCCAUGUGUUGAUUUGGCCAAAGCCCUUUUGGGUAAGGUGCUGGUGCGCAGGCAUUCUGACGGCACAGAGCUGAGGGGCAGGGUGGUGGAGACGGAGGCUUACUUGGGCGGCGAUGACGAGGCAUCACACUCGGCUGGUGGCAAGCGCACAGAAAGAAACACAGCCAUGUUCAUGAAGCCUGGCACCAUAUAUGUCUACUCUAUUUAUGGCAUCUAUCUCUGCAUGAACAUCUCCAGCCAGGGGGAAGGAGCAGCCGUGCUGUUACGUUCCCUGGAGCCCCUCGAGGGUCAUGAUGCCAUGAGGAGGCUUCGGGCAUCCAAGCGUAAAGAAGGCGCCAAGACAGUGAAGGACAAAGAAUUAUGUAAUGGUCCGUCUAAGCUGUGCCAGGCCCUAGACAUCCAGCGCUGCUUUGAUCGAAGGGACCUGGCAUCAGAUGCAGAUGUGUGGCUGGAGAUGGACACAGAAUGGGCUACGUCUAGAGAAAGAGACGUGGUUUCAGCCUCUCGGAUUGGAAUCGAUUCACAUGGAGAAUGGGCCACUAAACCGCUCCGCUUUUACCUGCGAGGUCACCGUUGUGUCAGUGUGGUGGACAAAGCGGCUGAGAGCAUGCAAUAAGGAGUUCAUGAGUCCAGUGACGCUAAGAUUGAAGGAUGGAUUACCACGUGUUGUUAGGAUGUAUUACAAAAUGUGUUGUGUUGCCAUGACAGGAGCAGUCCAGAAGCAUUAGCACAUGUGGAAGCCAAAGAGAUGAAGUGUUUUUGUAAUAAAUCUCUAGGCCAAGGAA